CCAGCCCGUGGCCUGUCUCGUCCUCACUGCUGCCCGUGACUGGAGUAAAAGCCUGACUGACCCUAAACAUACCAACUCAAACCUCCAUCCACCGCACACCAGAUAGACCUCGUCUUCCCGGACUGUACACGAUUUUCCCGUCGAGGUCUCACCCGUCUCUCGGUAUGGAGUGCAAUGCCUCGCCGAAGCCGCAACUGUCUUCACGCGCCAAUGCGUUCUCGAUCGCGGCGAUCAUGUCUUCUUCCUGCUCUACAAAGAAGGACAGUCCAGAGGAACAAGCCAUCAAGCCGCUGGAGAACUUUGUAGAGAAGUCUGGAUGUACACAGCCCCUGUGUGGGGAGGCUUCCUCCACCGAGACCGCAGCAGACGGCGGGCGGACAGGAAGGGAGAGUAGCGCCGGCGAGUCUCGGCAAGAGUCUGCCAGCUCAGAACCAGCGCCUUCCGACGGCUCCCACCUCCAGAACAAGGAAGGCAGCCCCGAGCUGAAAAACGUCCAAUGCAAGCUAGAGUCCAAAGAACUGUGGGACAAAUUCCACGAACUGGGCACGGAGAUGAUCAUCACUAAGUCUGGAAGGCGGAUGUUCCCGACCAUCAGGGUGUCGUUCUCCGGGGUGGACCCUGACGCCAAGUACAUCGUGCUGAUGGACAUCAUCCCCGUGGACAACAAGCGGUACCGGUACGCGUACCACCGGUCGUCCUGGCUGGUGGCGGGGAAGGCCGACCCGCCGCAGCCCGCCCGGCUCUACGUCCACCCCGACUCGCCCUUCACCGGCGAGCAGCUCCAGAAACAGAUCGUCUCCUUCGAGAAGCUCAAACUGACCAACAACGAGCUGGACCAGCACGGCCAUAUUAUUCUGAACUCGAUGCACCGUUACCAGCCGCGCGUGCACAUUAUCAAGAAGAAGGAACACACCGCUUCGCUUCUCAACCUCAACUCUGAGGAGUUUAAGACGUUUGUCUUCCAAGAGUGCAUGUUCACGGCCGUCACCGCCUACCAAAACCAACUGAUCACGAAGUUAAAGAUCGACAGUAACCCGUUCGCCAAGGGAUUCCGGGACUCGUCCCGUCUCACAGAUAUAGAAAGUGACCUUUCUUGGCGUGCCUGCAGGGAGAGCGUGGAGACCAUGCUGAAGGAACACCGGUACGCGCGCUCACCCAUCCGGGCAUACGCCGAGGAGGAGCCGCCCAGGAAAAGUCCGCGUCUGUCCAGCUCCUCAUCCUCCGGCGGCCUGACGUCGCCCAGCACGUCCGGCGGAGGAUGGCCCUCUCCUUCCUUCACCCCGUUACCUCACUACCCCCACUCCUCUCACCCCAUUCCCAUCACACCUCAUCCCAUCAACCCCUCCGUCACGGCUACAACAUCCAGCCUGACCUCCCCCCUCCCACACCCGCUGCCCCACACCCUGGGGUUCGGGGCGCUGGGGAUACCAGGCUUGCCGCAUCCCCCCUCUCCUCUCCCCGCCCCCAUCCCCAUGCUAUCCGCCCCCUCCCCGUUCCACCCCCUCCACAUACAGAGGUACCCGUACUUCCCGCAGACGGCCUACUCCUCCGUACACACGCUCAGGCAUUAUGUAUAG